GUUUCUUCGUGUCAGACCAUCCACACGGGGAUUCAGGCGUAGGCUGCCCACGCGGCCCAACCCACCCGCGCGCGCAUCUCAUCUCCGCUCCACGCUGCGUAACCAACUCCUUAGCGAGGAUGGACUGGUAGCAGAGAGGAGGCAUGGGGAGACGUUCCGUCUUUAAUUGACUGAAGGCGCAGAUGAGGACCACUUAAAGCGACUUCUUUGACUUCAGUCCGUGAUUCUUUUUUUUUUUAUUUAAGGACUAACUGGUUUUAUUUUUUAUUACUUACGAGCAAAGGAAAGACACGCACUGUGUGGAGAGAAAGGGGAGAAAGAAAGAAAGAAAGAGGGAAAGAAAGAAAGGAAAAGGGAAGGUCCAGGUUGCUGAGAAAGGCUGGGUGCGCUAGAACGUCGGAAAGUCACGGAUCAUGCUUAUGGGAACUCCCGAUUCCGUCUUGAUAAGAGUGGCUCUGCCUGAUGCUCUAUCAUGACUGAUGGCGAAGGGAGAGUGCGCUUUCAGUACGAAGAGUGCCAGGAGCAGGGCGAGGUACAGGAGGACGUGAGGCUUUCUGUAUCGGCAGGCCACAGGACCGACGCCCCAGAUCACAAUGGUGACCCAGAAGGACAAAGAGGAGGAGGAGCAGGAGGAGGCCGGGAAGAGGAGCAGAAGCAGCAGCAGCAGGAGGAAGAGAAGGAGGAGGCGCUGGAGAAGAAGAGGAGAGGGAGCUGUGGCGGUCGAGGAGAAAGGAGAGACGAGUGGAGCGCAGAAGUUCAGGAAUGUGAGGAGGAGCAGGAGCCAGAGCUGGAAAUGGAAGCUGGGCCUACGCUGGGAGUCCGCAUCACAGCUCCAAUCCGCGACCCGGACUGCGUGUCCGAGGAGGAGGAGCAGCAGCCGUAUCCGGCCCUGGCUCCUGUGGCCUUCUUCUGCCUGAAGCAAACAACAAGACCCCGCAACUGGUGUCUUCGCAUGGUCUGUAACCCGUGGUUCGAGCACGUGUCCAUGCUGGUGAUCCUGUUAAACUGUGUGACUCUGGGGAUGUUUCAGCCCUGCGAGGAUGUUACCUGCCUGUCAGAAUGGUGCCGCAUCCUACAGGUGUUGGACGAUUGCAUCUUCGCUUUCUUUGCGGUGGAGAUGGUGAUCAAGAUGGUGGCCCUUGGAAUUUUCGGCCCCAAUUGUUACCUCGGCGACAAGUGGAACCAGCUCGACUUUGUUAUCGUCAUGGCAGGGGUGUUGGAGUAUUCUCUGGAUGGCCACAACGCCAGUCUGUCAGCCAUCCGUACUGUUCGGGUGCUCAGGCCACUGCGAGCGAUCAACAGAGUACCAAGUAUGAGGAUCCUGGUGACGCUGCUUCUGGACACCUUACCCAUGCUGGGGAAUGUGCUCCUUCUCUGCUUCUUUGUCUUUUUUAUCUUCGGCAUUGUGGGAGUCCAGCUGUGGGCCGGACUGCUACGUAACCGCUGCUUCCUGGAAAAAAACAUAACAGACAUAAUAAAACUUUACAACCAGUCCAUGCAUCCUUACUACAUGUCUGAGGAAGGUGAAGACAGCCCGUUCAUCUGCUCGGCUCCCCGAGAGAACGGGAUGCUGCGCUGCCAUGACGUGCCGCCCUUCACCCAGGGAGGAGAGGAUUGCUCGCUUCCUCCUCCCCACCAAAGCUCUGCUCUGAUUGGUUCGCUACCUGGAGUGGGCGGGUCAAGCAAUAGCAGCUGUGUUAACUGGAACCAGUAUUACAACGUCUGCCGACCCGGGGACCUCAACCCCCACAAGGGAGCAGUUAACUUUGACAACAUCGGCUACGCUUGGAUAGCCAUAUUCCAGGUCAUCACACUGGAAGGAUGGGUGGACAUCAUGUAUUAUGUCAUGGAUGCCCACUCCUUCUACAAUUUUAUAUAUUUUAUACUGCUCAUUAUUGUGGGCUCUUUCUUCAUGAUCAAUUUGUGCCUCGUGGUCAUCGCCACCCAGUUUUCUGAGACAAAGCAAAGAGAGAACGCCCUGAUGAGGGAGCAGCGUGCCCGCUAUAUGUCGAAUGACUCGACUCUGGCCAGUUACAGUGAGCCAGGCUCGUGCUAUGAGGAGAUGCUACGAUACAUUAGCCAUCUAUACAGGAAGUUCAGGCGCAGGCUGCAGAGGAUGUACUAUGGAUGGCACAGCAAACGGCGCAAAAAGGUGAACCCUAACGGCAGCGGGAUCGGCAGUAAUAGUGGUGGAAAUGGACACGGCCUAGGUUCCAGCAGGGGAUCGGGACCUGGCACUGCACUGUGGCUGCGGCCAAUAUACAACCUCCUGCAGCACCAUCAGCACCAACAUUGUCACCUCAGCAACGGCGGGCAGCACACGGCGAACGCCACAGUCACCGAGCACACGGACCAGAAAGGCCACGCUGAAGGGGUGGAGGCGCUGGAGAUGAAGACCCUUUCUGUUCCGAGGGGAAGUACAAACGGAAGCGGAAGCGGCAGCGGCGACGGUCCUGCCGUCGUCUCUCAGGGAAUGGGAGCGCUGCUCGGGCGACUGAACGGGGGCAUGAACUAUCCCACCAUUCUGCCGUCUUUCGUGUGCAGCUACAGCAGUAAGACGCCACCUCCCCACUCGAAGCAGUGCGGGCGCAGUCCGGAGCAACACCCGCUGAACCACCCGGCGUCCGAGCACACAGAGCAGCUGAACAAGCUUUACCAGCUCAUGGGGCAGCACAGUCGCCAGAGGCUGUUGAUCCAGCUGGCAGGCGUCGUGCCCAGCCCUCUGCUUUUGGAGCUACUUAGCUGCCCUCUGUGUGCCCGCAGCCUUGAGACCCUGGAACUGGAACUAGGAGACCUGGAGGGGGGCAAAGGAGAGGCUGAUGGACUACGCGACUUCCAGCAGGGGGGCGAUCUACGGGGAAUCAGAAGUCUGUUCCGGCGCCGGGGGGUUGUUGCGUGCAGGAACGGAGCUGUGCAGGCCUGGAGAGACUUCAGGGAAAAGUUGAGGAGAAUAGUGGAGAGUAAAUACUUCAACCGGGGGAUUAUGAUCGCCAUCCUCGUCAAUACCCUCAGCAUGGGAAUAGAGUACCACGAACAGCCCAAAGAAUUGACUGAUGUGUUGGAGAUUAGCAACAUUGUUUUCACCAGCAUGUUUGUGCUGGAGAUGGGCUUCAUGCUGCUGGCUUUUGGGUUGUUUGGAUACAUCAGAAACCCUUACAACAUCUUUGACAGCAUCAUCGUCAUCAUAAGUGUGUGGGAGAUAAUAGGUCAAGCGGACGGAGGGUUGUCGGUCCUGCGGACGUUUCGCCUGUUGCGAGUCCUGAAGCUCGUACGCUUUCUGCCUGCCCUGAGGAGGCAGCUGGUGGUGCUGAUGAAGACCAUGGACAACGUGGCCACCUUCUGCAUGCUGCUGAUGCUCUUCAUCUUCACCUUCAGUAUACUCGGCAUGCAUCUCUUCGGAUGUAAAUUUAGUCAAAGAAUGGAGAACGGAGACACCAUUCCUGAUCGCAAAAACUUUGACUCGCUUCUCUGGGCCAUUGUCACUGUAUUCCAGAUCCUUACCCAGGAGGACUGGAACGUGGUGCUGUACAACGGCAUGGCUUCUACCUCUCCAUGGGCGGCUCUCUACUUCGUUGCUCUCAUGACGUUUGGCAAUUAUGUGCUCUUCAAUUUAUUGGUCGCCAUCUUGGUCGAAGGCUUCCAGGCUGAGGGUGAUGCCAACCGAUCAGAGUCAGACGAUGAAAAGAAAUCCGACAAUUUUGACGAGGACGACAAAGUUGAACAACUCAGAGACACGGAGCUUAAGAUGUACUCUCUGAUGAUGACCUCCAAUGGUCACAUUGACCCUCGUGGCACUAUGGCUCCUCCCAUAAUAAUGCACACAGCUGCCACUCCCAUGCCAACGCCGAAGAGCUCCCUGGGGCCCGAGUCCAUCUUAGAGGAGGAGCUCAUGUACAGAGAAGGGAUAACUCAGCAUGGAGAAGCUGGACUGGGUGUUUCUGAGACGGGGAGCGGCCGCGCGGAGUCUCGGCGUGGAAGCUCGGCGUCCAUGGACCCAGCAACCUAUGACCAGCAUUCCUUAACUCUCUCAAGCCCUGGACGGCGCUCACCUCUCCCUCUCCGUGGUUCCAUCAGCUCAUGGGGAAGCCGCCGCUCCAGCUGGAACAGUCUAGGGAGGGCGCCGAGCCUCAAAAGGCGAGACACCAGCGGAGAGAGGGAAAGUUUGCUGUCCGGAGAAGGCGGCGAGGAGGAAGAGUGCCAAGAUCAACAAGAGGAAGCUGGGGUAAACAGCAGAGUGAAGCCGGAGUCCCUGGAACCGCUGCAGGCGUCUUCUCUCUGCCCUACCAUAAUAGCAGAGUAUGGCGACUGCAAUGGGAGGACUGCAACAUACGACCCAAACGGAAACUCGGACCCCAAAGACGACUUCACGUCGGAGGACGACUUAGACGAAGAUAGUCCUUUCUGCUACUGGGUCAGGAGGGAGCUCCACAACAUGAAGCCCCGCUGGUGUAAGGAGCACGAGAGCUGGACGCUUUAUUUGUUUGCACCGGAGAGCCCAGUCCGUGUGUGGUGCCAAGCUGUGAUCACUCACAAAUUGUUCGACCAUGUGGUUCUGGUUUUCAUCUUCCUCAACUGCAUCACUAUCGCUCUGGAGAGGCCUGAUAUACUGCCUCACAGCACGGAGCGAGUAUUUCUGAGUGUGUCCAACUAUAUUUUCACUGUGAUCUUCCUAGCAGAGAUGGCCAUCAAGGUCGUCGCUCUUGGUUUCUGCUUUGGGAAUCAAACCUACCUUCAGUCCAGUUGGAACGUUUUGGAUGGAGUGUUGGUCUUUGUGUCUCUGGUGGACAUUCUUGUUUCUCUGGCCUACACCGGCACCAACAGGAUCCUGGGGAUUCUCAGAGUCCUUCGUCUUCUACGCACCCUUCGCCCUCUGAGGGUGAUCAGUCGCGCCCCAGGACUGAAGCUGGUCGUGGAGACACUCAUCACCUCUCUAAGACCUAUUGGGAACAUUGUAUUGAUCUGCUGCGCCUUCUUCAUUGUGUUUGGAAUCUUGGGGGUCCAGCUGUUCAAAGGGAAGUUUUACCACUGUGAAGGUCUGGAUACAAAAAACGUCACAAACAAGUCAGACUGUGAACUCGCCAACUACAAGUGGAUACGAAGGAAGUACAAUUUCGACAACUUGAUUCAGGCUUUGAUGUCUUUGUUUGUGCUGUCGUGUAAGGAUGGUUGGGUCAACAUCAUGUAUGAUGGACUAGAUGCAGUCGGGGUGAAUCAGCAGCCUGUGAGAAACCACAACCCCUGGAUGCUGCUCUACUUCAUCUCCUUCCUGCUCAUCGUCAGCUUCUUCGUCCUCAACAUGUUCGUCGGUGUCGUGGUGGAAAACUUCCACAAGUGCCGGCAGGACCAGGAGGAGGAGGAGGCCCGUUUACGGGAGGAGAAGAGGCUCAAAAUGAUAGAUAAAAAGCGCAGGAGUAAGGAGAAUGGAGGGGCUGAGGCCAAGCAGAGACCGUACUACGCCGACUACUCUCCUCUGCGCCUGACCAUCCACACUCUGUGCACAAGCCACUACCUGGAUCUCUUCAUCACCUUCAUCAUUUGUAUCAAUGUCUUCACAAUGAGCAUCGAGCACUACAAUCAGCCGCAGUACCUGGAGGAGGUUCUGAAGUACUGCAACUACGUGUUCACCAUUAUCUUUGUCAUCGAGGCUCUGCUCAAACUCGUGGCCUUCGGCUUCCAUCGGUUCUUCAAAGACAGGUGGAAUCAGCUGGAUGUUGGAAUAGUUGCCUUGUCCAUUAUGGGAAUCACUCUGGAAGAGCUGAAAAUGAAAGCUGCGUUGCCAAUAAAUCCUACCAUCAUCCGAAUCAUGAGAGUACUGCGCAUUGCACGAGUCUUAAAACUUCUGAAGAUGGCAAAGGGAAUGAGAGCUCUCCUGGACACUGUCAUGCAAGCACUGCCGCAGGUGGGAAAUCUUGGUCUCCUCUUCAUGUUGCUCUUCUUCAUCUAUGCUGCCCUGGGAGUGGAACUCUUCGGCAAACUGGAAUGCAGCGACAGCAACCCGUGUGAGGGGCUGAGCCGUCACGCAACGUUUGAGAAUUUUGGGAUGGCCUUCCUCACGCUGUUUCGAGUUUCCACAGGAGACAACUGGAAUGGGAUUAUGAAAGACACUUUAAGGGAUUGCCAGCCAGAAGAAAUCCACUGUUUGUCUUACCUACCCUGGGUGUCUCCAAUUUACUUUGUCACCUUCGUGCUCAUGGCCCAGUUUGUUUUGGUCAACGUGGUGGUGGCUGUUUUAAUGAAACACCUGGAGGAGAGCAACAAGGAGGCCAAAGAGGACGCAGAGAUGGAUGCAGAAAUUGCACUGGAAAUGGAAGUGGAGAGGCAGCGCAGACAAAGCACCGGAUCCAACAACAGCUCAGUGGGAGGAACUUAUAUUGGGCCAUGCCCAAAUUCACCUGAACAGGAGGAAGAACAGCAGUGCAACGACCAGGACCUGCUGUCUUCAGGCAAGAUGUCCGUAUCCAGGAUGCACUCUCUGCCAAAUGACAGCUAUAUGUUUCAACCUGUACGACCUGCUAGCGCCCCCUACCCUUUAAAGGAGGUAGAUGCUAGUUCCCAGCACCAGCAUGCGGUCUCGGUGAUGUCGAUCCACUCCCAGCCCUGCGAGAGCCGCUCUCUGCUCCAGGUUCCAGACGCUUCCCCUCAUCACCCGCAGUCGACUCCCACCCUCACUCUGCCCCGCAUCGCCCCGCCAACACCAGGCCCCUCACCACGGGCCCUGCACAGACAGGGGGCAGUUAAAGUUGAUUCUGUGGAGUCACAAAGCUGUGAGCAACAGGAGAGGUCCAGUUCGGCCCAUCUGCCUCCCCAGACACCAUCGUCGCUCUCCCCGCUGCCUCCUUUGCCCCCUUACCCCUCUGCCCUCUCCUUCCACCCGUGCACGCCGUCUCCCUCCUCUCUUCCUCCGUCGCCGUCCUCCCUCCUGCCCCUCCCGUCUCCUCCGUCUUUCCUCCUGCCUCCACCUCCCUCGCCGCGUCUGCCCUCUCGCUCCAGCAGCCUCCGCAGGCCCAGGGCUCCGUCCGCCAUUUCCCUCUCGGACCCGGCCGACGCAGAGGUGUAUCACAUUACCAGCUCGGCUCGCCACAAGUGGAGGGACGCGGAGGGAGGAGAACAGGAGAACAGAUGCAAGGCCAGUCGCAGCCACUCGCUGUCCCCUUACGCCUCGCCGCACUCCCUUGAUUUGAUCCCCACGCUGCCCCCUCCGUCCAACGGGAGCACCCUCAGUCUGCUCGGGGCGGGAUCGAAGGACGUCAAGAAAGGCUUCAGCGUCGACCACCACGGCUUCCUGGAGAAGCCUCAGUUAGAACCGGCGGGUCCAGACCAGCGGCGCCACUCGAUCGAGGUCUGCCUUCCACAGGCCGUCAUAACCACCGACAGCCAAAACUUUACGCUGGAGACCCAUCGAUCGGAAAAGGGCGCUCAGGCCUUUCCCGUGAGGGUGCAAUCAGUCGGCGGCAGGCAGAGAAAGAAGAAGACGAGCCCUCCCUGCAUAUCCAUCCACCCGCCCCCAGAGAGGGAGCAGCGCCUGCUUCCCUCGCCCCCGAAACUGGCCGACUGCAGCAUGACGCUGAGACGCAGGACAUCUUCCAGCGACUUCACGCAGCACUCGCAAGACACGCCCGCCGAAACGCAGCUCCGCGCACAAAUGCAGACGCCUCUCACGCCGAUCCCCGCGCCGCUGCAGCCGCAUUCGCCGACGCGCGCUCUGACCCCGUCGCAGGGGUCCACCCCGACCCACGCCCAGGCGCACACGCCACCUGCGACUCACAUUCCCAUCAGCCCAAACAUCUUCAUCCAGCCCCACGCGCCCCUCCUCCCAACCGUUUUGCCUUUCUCACAGACGGCCGCGAGGCACUCCCCCCUCGCGGGAGACUGCAUCCCCCUGCCCCGAUUCACCUUCGACCAACCGCAGUCCAGGUACACGGGCGAGCCGGAAUCCGUCGCCUGCUCUUCCCCUUUCGACAACCGGCUGGGAAGCAGUCCAGGUUUCAGCGCAAAGAAUCGGAGGACUGCCCAGUGAACUCGCAGAGUUGCAUUCAGGAGAUGAAUUAUUCAGUUUUGAGAAGUAUCUAAAGCUGGAGUAGAAACCUCCCUCCCCCCCCCGCGCCACCGACCGAACCUCAUCUGACCUCAGCAGUGUUGGGUGUUGAAGAAGGAAAGAGGGGUUCUUUAGUUUGUUUUUGUUAUAAAAAGAAAAGACAUUGAUUCCGUCCAGGAAAUACGUGGAAAUGAACUCCUCAUGAUUAAAACAGAAGGCGGGAUACAAUUUUUUCUUGCUUAAAAAAAAAAAUCUGCCGAGGUUGGACAUUUCUAGUAUCACUCACUGUAGUGUGUCGACGGCUGAUCCCCUCACCACACAACAGGACUGAAGCCACCUUACUCUUGUAGCCAAAGUUUUUUUCCACACACCGUCCUCACCCACGCGAGCCAAUCAGGAAGCAGCGUCUGGCUGGUGACCGCCGACCCUUUUUUUUUUUUUUUUUUUUUUUUUUUGUUUCCUUUUCUUCGUUGUCGUUUUCUUUUUUAAAACAGGGAAGGCGGUUUGUGAAACGCGAGCGUGGGAGGGGGAAACGGUGGGAUAUGCAACUUCAGGUUUUCUGCAGACGUUCUGCUCGCCCCCUUCUCUGCUCCUCGAUCACAUUGAUCAGAGAGGAAACGUGGAAAAUGCGCCGAGCGAGGUUUCCGCGGAGCCCAUCGUCACCCAAGUCGAACUUGCUCAUUCUCGCGACGACAGAGAGGGGGAGCACGGUAGAGCUGUAGUUUUUUUUUCCUUUUUUCUUUUGUCCAAGUGUAAAUAAAAGGAGAAAAAAAAUCAAAACAAAUGUAUUUGGUGAGAUUUAAAGAUAGCUCUAUCCAUAUGCACAUAUUUUUAUAGAGGUCUAUAAUGUUUUUUGCACACAGAUUUGAAUUUCAAGUUGCUCGUAUUUCCUCUGUUGUCCUCUCGUGAAUGUAUGUUUCUUCUAAAAGAUCCAGCGAGAGUGGUGAUGGCGAUUGAACCUCCUCUCAAACUGCAAGUCGAGGUCGAGGGGAGGGACUUUAUUUUUCUAUUUUGACAAAGCAUCAGAGCAGAGAACUGGCGGGUGAUGUGUUUUUUUGUUUUGUUUUGUUUUUUUUCUGUAGUUUUGUCUCGGACUUUUUGUGUACGUGGUGUCUCAAUAACAGUCUGGGGAAGCAGGCUCAGUGGUGCAAACACGUAGACUUUUGAUGGAUCUAAACCAAUAAAGAAAAAAAAAAAUUCUUGAACGUUUGAAGAAAAAAAAAAUCUCUAGGGAAGCUUUGCACUGGUUUUUACAAGUUGAUUUCAAAAUUAGGGAUUUUUCAGCUAAUUUUCGAGGACAAAAAGCCGUACUGCGGUGUCUUUAGGAAAACACAAACACCUAAUCUGUAAGCACCUGCAAUGCCUUGUGAAACAUUUAUAUCCAUCAAACUUUUUCACAUAAGUCCAGUUUUCAGUUUGCCACAAGCCAUGUGAACAAUGGAAGGAUGUGAUCAGAUGAAACAUCGCAUUAGCCACUUUCCCUAUGGUAAAACAAGGCGUGGUGGCAUCAUGCUGUGGGGUUUUGUCUUUCAGUAUAGGGAAAAGAAAGCUGUUGGGAGUUAAUGGGAAAUAAAUAAAUUCCUAAAAAAUAAAACCUAUUCGAGACUAAAAAUAAUAAUAAAAAAAAUGCACUCAGAGCAACAAAAGAAUGGUUUAGAUAUGCAAUCAAGAACGGCCUAAUCAAAGCCCACACCUAAAUCCAACCGAGAAUAUGUGUCAAGAUUUGACAACCCACGUUUACAAACACUUUCCCACUCGAGACUGUUUGAGCUACUUUACUGAGAAUGAUCAAAGAAGCUAGUAGCAAACGACUUGCAUUGCACCAACUUAAAAAAAAAUUUAAAAAAAUGUCUUCGGUAAACGAUUCACAGUAUAAAAAGCCAUCGAUGUUGGUGAAUGUAAAGCGACAAAAUGUGAAAAAGUUCAUGAAGCGCGUGUACUUUUGCGGCGCAGGGAAAGUAUGAAGAAAUUCAAAGUGGCAUCACUGAGCCUCUCUUCUGCUGCUGUGCUUCGGCUGGAUCAGCUCCGACACCUGUGUUCCUGUACAUCUAAAGACAACCAAACUAACUUUCUAAAUAUGUGUAGCCAGAGUGCAAUAAUAAUAUAUAAAUAUAUAUAUAUAUAUGUGGAAAAUAUAGUGACAUCCACACUACAUAAGACAGCCACAUCCUUGUAUUCAUACAUACUGUAGAACUGUUAUAAAUAUAUGAAAUGAGAUGAUUUUUUUUUUUUUUUAUUACGUAUGAUGGUCGAGGGAUGUUACUAUUUCUGCUGUAGGUAUGCACGGCCUCGUUAAUGGCUGUGUGGGGAUUUGGUAUGGCAGAUGUUUUUUUGUUGUUGUUUGUUUUUCCUCCAAAAGCUCAGGCCCACCUGCCUGAGGUGUUACUGUAAGCAGAAGAGUGACAUGCAUCUCUACUGAGGACUCAAUAAGCCAUUUGUCAUUGCCAUUGCCAUUUUUUUUUUUGUCCCUUUUUCUUUAGACUAACAAUUCAUUGUUCACAACGGAUCAUAUUUAUUUCCCACACCAGAUAAAAUAAAGCCACAGCUUGCUGACAAAACCACGCAAAA